GGAAUACUUGAGCCAAAAAAUUAUUUAAAUCAAUUUUGAAAACUAAACAAAACACGUACUCAUACAAAAAGACAGAGAGUUUAACUCUCGUCGAAUAGAGAGAGAGAGAGAGAGAGCGAGAGAGCAAAAAAAAGCGAAAUUGGAAAAUUUCAAAUUCAGUUUUAAUCCAUUGUGUGCAAAAUAUCCAAACUAAACCAGAAAAAUUAAAACCAAAUGAAAUCAGUAUAAAAAGAAAAUAAAAAACGAUAAACACAAAGUGUUACAGAUGUCAUUGAACUCGUUGCAAAUCGCAUUUGUACAGUGUACGCCAGCCAUAUAAGAAAUAAUUUGUCAAAAAGCAGGAGCAGACGUAGAACGAAAAAAAUGAAAAGCAUUGCAAAAACUACAAGCCAAUAGGAAGAGAGCGCUAGAGUGAGAACGGACAGAGGAAGAAUAGAAGAAGAAGAAGAGAAAAAAAAGAAAAAAGAAAGACAAAAUGAAAAUUGAAAUUAUAAAAAUAAUGAUAAACAACAACCGCAAAGACCAACAAGAUAUUCGAUACGAAGACAGACUUUAAAGGUUGAACAAUUUCAAAUCUGGAUCAAAUACAAAUACACACCUUUUUAUGCAGCACGAGAAAGCGAUACAGAGAGAGGGAGUGAAAGAGAAAACGACGAGCAAGCAGGAAAGAAAGACUGUGAAUAAAAAAAAGAAGAAUCGAAAAUAAAAUAAAAAUAGAAUGAAAAUUUAUGUAUAGUAUGGUUCUCGAUAGAGUUUGCACGAUACAGUGAUUGUGUUUAUUGGACAAGUGUCCUGUACCAAAUGAGUGUAUAUGCGACUUAGACGCGCAACGAAUACGCAUUCACUCAAUACUUGUGAAACGGCACGCUAAUCUAUAUACACACAAUUUUCGACGACGACAACGACAACGACGACGACGACGACGACGACGACGACCGUGGAAUCAGCACGAAUAAAAAGCUCUCUGCAUACAAAAAAAGACCAACCGAAGCGAACGUUGGAAAUCAGUGAAACAAAAGCGAAACAAAGUGAAUCCAUUGCUGUUACUGAAGAUUUGUUUGGUGCUUGUUGCUAAUUUGAUACGAAGUAUUUUUUUUUUUAAAUCGACCGGUAGAAGAUAAGCAGAGUGCAUCGAAAUUGUAAAAUUGGAAUACACACGCAAUACCGUUACGCAAUAAAAUAAAAAUUAUAAAUAUAUUUUGGGGUAUAAAUUCAAUUCGCAUAUAGAAACAUCGAAGCGAACGAACGAGUGAGUGAGUGAGUAACCGAGAGAUAGAGAGAGAGAAAGAGAGAUAUAGAAAGUGUGUGGUGGUGCAUCCAAACGGUGAGUCUCGACUGGGCGAGAGCGAUCGGAUACAUACAUAAAUCAACGGUGCCAUCAUUUCUCACGACACGACACGGUCAAAAUCGGUUGUUCUCUCUCUCCUUCAACCAUCCAACUCCCGGCGUACUUCUCAGAUACAGCGUGUGUGUGUGUUCUCGGUCUCUCGGCUCUACCCCGAAAAUGUUGAACCAGACACAGAGAUUUUGCAGUAAAAAUGUCGACAUUCCGUUGCCACGCCAAUGAUUAAUAUGGUUUACAUAUUAAUAUACAAAUUCGUAUUAACCGGUACGAUGAGCCAGUUUCUUAUGAAAUUGGGAUGACAACGCAUAUACAUUGCUAAGCUAUUUUGUCCAUUAUACAGGCAUACAAACUGAACAUACCAUACCAUAUUACUACAUUAUACUGUGAAAAAUCGUAGCAUAGUUGCAAAGGCAGUGAGAGGUACGCGCGCGACACACACACACACACACACACAUACACACCAACUCAUACCGUUUGAGAGACAGACAGAGUGAGUGUGAGAGAGCCAGAUACACCACCACAUCACAAUACAACAACAACAGCAAUAAGCAGAAAGGAAAAGAAAGAAAGAGGACACACCGCAACAGCAAAUGCAAAAACAAAGAAGAAAAUUCCAAACGAAUAUUCAAUUUGCGCAUUACACGAAUAUUGCCGUACACACGUAGCGAAGAAUCAAUUGCUGCCAAACGUUUCAUACAUCGUUUGUAUUUUUCACCGACUAAUGGAAUCAAAUUGCAGGAGGCUGAACAACCAGAAUACCGAACAGUGUGUUUAAACACUGACGACAAAGAAGGAGCGAGCAACAACAAAAAUAAAGAUAAAUAUAUGUGUAUAUAUAUUUGUUAUUGAAAUAUAUAUAUACAUAUAACAAAAGUAGUAAUAAAAAGUAGAAGAAGAAGAAGAAGAAACAGAGAAUAAUACAACAGAAAAGGAAGAAAAAACGAAUACUCGAAGAAAAGGAAAUACACGCGAUCACAUGUAAACGAUAGCGCAUUACAUUCUAAAGAAUACAUCAUCUCGGAACGUACCACAUUCAUUCUAAGCCAACGUUUUCGAAAUAAAAAAAUACACACACAACCGUGCGGAAAUAACGGAAAUAUCGGAAAUAAAAAUCAACAAACAACAAGUAUAAGCAAAAUAAUAAUAAUAUAAAAAGUAACGAGAACGACGAGUACGGAGAGAAAAAGCAUAGAAGACGAAGACAAAGAAGGAGAAGAAGACGAAUCGUGGAAAGGGGGCCGCGUAAAAGGAUUCGAUACAUUCAUCCCUAAACGUAUCCACGAUAUUCACGAACAUUACAUUCACAUGCGAAUCGAGUUUCGACCGAAACAACAGCAACAACAUAACACUGUUGUACAUUAGUGAAUUGUAGCUGUAUACUGGAACAAAGCCAACGCCAACAACAAAAACAACAACAACAACAACCAAAUCCACGCUGAACAAACAUUAACUGAAAAUUACUCAAAUAGCAAAUUAUUUAUCUAAUUCGAAAACGAAAUUAAACUUAGGAGCGUAUAAAACAAUUACAUUUAAAAUAAAACCAAACAAAACAAAAAUAACUAAAUUAAUACUUAAACCAAAACCACCAAACUAAAUUUAACAAAGAGGACACACGAAAAUCGAAAUAUAAACUAAAACUUCAAAAAGGAAAGGAAAACAUUAACAAGUAAAUAAUGAUGCAAACAAUGGAUCUCCUGCCGAAAGGGACACAUCUAUUCAUACUAUGGCUUUCAAUCAAUAUUGCCGUAUUCCUACCAUCGCUCACUUCAAAAAGACAGACUUUCGUAGAUGCAGCUACGGCCGGUGGCAGCAUGUUGGGCGACGUCAACAUAUCGGAAAUCUUGGAUUCAUUUAGUGUUAGUUACGAUAAGAGAGUAAGACCAAAUUACGGAGGACCCCCAGUUGAAGUUGGCGUAACGAUGUACGUGCUGUCGAUCAGUUCGCUGUCUGAAGUGAAAAUGGAUUUUACGCUAGAUUUUUAUUUUCGCCAGUUCUGGACCGACCCACGGCUGGCAUAUCAAAAGCGGCCCGGUGUCGAAACGCUAUCAGUUGGAUCCGAUUUUAUCAAAAAUAUCUGGGUACCUGAUACAUUUUUCGUGAACGAGAAACAAUCAUACUUCCACUUUGCGACGACAAGUAAUGAAUUUAUACGUGUUCAUCAUUCAGGUUCCAUAACAAGAAGUAUACGGUUAACAAUUACGGCAUCGUGUCCAAUGAAUCUAGAAUAUUUUCCAAUGGAUCGACAGCUAUGCCAAAUUGAAAUUGAAAGCUUCGGAUACACGAUGCGAGACAUUCGAUACAAAUGGAACGAAGGGCCGAAUUCAGUUGGUGUUUCGUCAGAAGUGUCGUUGCCACAGUUUAAGGUUUUAGGACAUCGCCAACGAGCUAUGGAAAUCAGUCUUACAACAGGAAACUACUCACGAUUAGCAUGUGAAAUCCAGUUCGUGCGUUCUAUGGGAUACUAUCUAAUUCAAAUUUAUAUCCCAUCUGGAUUGAUUGUAAUUAUAUCGUGGGUAUCCUUCUGGUUAAAUAGAAAUGCAACACCAGCUCGUGUUGCCCUUGGCGUCACCACUGUGUUGACUAUGACCACACUUAUGUCAUCGACUAAUGCAGCAUUACCAAAAAUCUCGUACGUUAAAUCAAUUGACGUUUAUCUGGGCACAUGUUUCGUCAUGGUUUUUGCCAGUCUAUUGGAAUACGCCACGGUCGGUUACAUGGCGAAGCGAAUACAGAUGCGUAAGCAACGUUUCAUGGCAAUACAGAAGAUUGCCCAGGAGAAGAAACUGCAGGUGGAUGGUGGCCAACAGCCAUCGGCGAUGAUGAGUGCCGGACCGGAUCACAGCCACAGCCAUAGUAGUCAUGGACACAGUCACAGUCAUCAGCACGGACCGAAACAAUCGGUGCAACAAACACUGCCAGGCAAUCGACCAUCGGGUUUCGCCAAUUUGCAGCAGAAUGUUGGCUCGCGCGGCUGUUCGUUAGUUGGCCCACUGUUUCAAGAAGUUCGAUUUAAGGUACAUGAUCCAAAAGCUCAUUCGAAGGGCGGCACACUAGAAAAUACAAUUAAUGGGGGUCGUGGGCGCUCAAACGCCGACAGCGGUCCUGAUGAAGAAUCGGGUGGUGAUAUGCGGCCACCGCCACCGCCACAUUUAAUUCAUCCGGGCAAAGAUAUAAAUAAAUUAUUGGGUAUCACACCAUCCGAUAUCGAUAAAUAUUCGCGAAUAGUAUUUCCCGUUUGUUUUGUAUGCUUCAAUCUAAUGUACUGGAUUAUCUACCUGCAUGUGAGUGAUGUGGUGGCCGAUGAUUUGGUUCUGUUGAAGGAGGAUAAGUAAGCUGAUGUGUGACAAGGACCACCAGCAUCAACACGUCGCCGAUGCCGAUGCCGAAACAGAGACACAGAACAACCCAAUGCCGUUGAAGCGACAAACAAACACGAAAAAAAACCAAAAAAAAAAUAAACGCUUAAAAAUAUAUAUAAAUAAAUGAUAAAAAAAAUAUGCGGUACCGUUGUUACCCGAGUUUUGCAAUUAUCAUCGAUAGCUAGUUUAGCGCCAUUGCAAAAUGUAUUUCGAAUCCACCAUUGAGAGAGACAAUGACAGAGCCAGCCACACAGCAACAGCAAUAAAUUUCAACACGUAUUUGUAUAGCAACCCAAAAACAAAAAUAAAGAGUGAAGAACUAAAACCGAAAAAAAAAAUUAAACGAAAAGGAGAACCAGCCCGCAGUGAAUGAAUAAUCAGCUGAUAAUUAAUCUAAACAUAUUCACUUGAACACAUUCAAAACAAACAGACAAACAAAACGAGCGUUCAUUCGUAUUAACUAUAAUAAGGGAGAGGAAAAAAUAAUGAAAAAAAUUCAAUGCAAGAAAGAAAGAAAUAAAAUGAGAAAAUCUAUCAGUUAAAACUAAAUUAAAGAAAAAUAUAAAUAAAGACAAACACCUUCUCCACGUGUUUCGAUGCAUGCAAUAGUAAAAUAAAUAUAUUAGAUGAAUUAUCUUAUAACCAGCAAAAGAGAGCAACAAUAUUAAGAACAUUCGUAUAUCAUAUUCGUGUGCAGGUGUGCACACCGAACAAAAAACUGUUCCGUUUUCAUUCUUUCUCCAGGUGUUGGGCAGAAUUUGUUUUCGAUUGGUUUCUUUUGCGCCCCUUCAAAUCAAACAAAAGUGGACAUCGAUUUCGUUUCCAUCAAAAUAUUUUCGGCCGUUCGAAUGAAUGAAUCAGGCACAAGGACUAUAUAUGUCGGGUUUCAAUUCAACCGAUUUCGGUGCUCGUUCUCACUCGUCCGGUUCGGCCAAAAUGUUAGAUUUCAAUUCAAUCACGGCAAAUUGUUUGCCGCAAUUUUUUAUACCUGUUUUUCCCCUCCUGUGAAACAACACUUUUUCUCGCGCGCGCGCGCGUGUCAAUCACACUCUGUUUUCUAUUUCUAUCAUUUUUCCAUAGCAAUGCAAAUUGCCGCACAGCAAAUCGGCUAAGUGCACCUAAGUGAAUACGGCACACGUGCCGUAGCAAAUGCCCAUCGGCAUACACACAUUUAUACAUGCAUAUUUCGUUCUAUGUGUGCGAAUUAGAGAUAGAGAGAAAGGGAACAAAACUGAAAUCUCUCACAGAGAUAGGAUGAUGAUAAUGAAGCGAAAUCAUGUACAACUUUUUGCUAUGGGUGUGUGUGUACUAAAUAUGUAAUACAUUUAUAUUAAGUGUUAUUGUGCUUCAAGCCUAUUUAAAAAAAAAAGAAAAAAAACCAACCCAAACCAAACCAAAAAAAUGUAUCUUAUAAGUGAAAUUGCGAUAUUCGUUUCAUUUAAAAACGAACCACAGAUUAAAACAAAAAUCAAUUAAGACAGAAGAAGAAGAAUGACAUUUACGUAAUUUAAACGAUGUUCAUUUAGAACCAAACAAAAAAAAAUAAGUAAAUACCAGAUGAGAUACACGAAAAGAAAAUUCCAGCUUCCAAUGUGUUUGCCAAAUUUUCCCUAAUCGAACGAAUAUGACGACGAUGACGACGACGACGACGAUGACAAAGACAACAUCCAGAAAUCUUGAAACACAAAAACAAAGUACAUAGCCAUAAAUUAAUUUCUUCGUCUUUGAUUAAUUUUAGUGCAAUUUAUCGAGAUAAACAAAGUAGAGUCUAACUCGUUUCGAUUAUGAUUUAGAGAUUGUAGCAUAAUCAUACUUUCAUUUCACACAUAGUCGUCACGAGAAGACGUCUCACACUUCCCACUUCAUCUUCUUCGACCGCACACACUAAAACACACAUAUUCAUCCAUAUUUCGGUUGUGCAUUCAUUUCCGUUUCAUCCCGUUGUGGUUUUCAUAUUGUUUUUUUUUUCCUUACGUUAAGUGUGUUUGUCUAGAAAAUCGUUGUCACUCGAAAUCUACACGAUAAUCAACAACUCAAAUUUACUCUCACACCAUAUCGUUCAUAAAUUUUAUACACAACAAUUCACUGUCACCAUUUCACUUUCUCUCUCCCUAUGCUUCCUCAUCAAGUUGAACAAGUUUUACGCACACACAUACAUACUCACAUUUGUAGAGACAUUUGCAAAAUGCACCGCAUUUCCGAAAUAAUUCAGAUUUUUUUCAUAGGCGAAAGCAAACCAAGCAAAUUCGUAAUAUGAAAAUUCAAACUACACACACGUAGACUUUUAAAAUGGCAUUCACAAGCAUAAACCAAUUCAACUAAAUUCAAUCGCAAUGAAUACAUAAGUUGUUAACCAAACUAUUUUGCGAAAGUUUUCCAUUUUACGAGAGUUAGAGAUGUAAAAAAACACACACCCACACACUCACAUAUGAAGUCAAAAAUGGCAGAAAAGUACGCACUCUCACACGUAUCUAGAGCACCAUAUAGAGAAUCACCAUGCAUCAUUUGUUCGAUAGCACUAAUUUUCUUGUUGUUCACCGAAAUCAACACCACCACCACCUCCACAACAAAAUUCAAAUGAGAAUUUUGAUCGAGAAAAAUAAACACCCAAAUGCUUUUAUUAAUAAAUUUAACGAUAAAUGAAGAUGAACUGAUGCAUGACACACAAUAAUAAUUCUUCGCCAAUUUUGAUGAUCAUCGUUCAUUCCAUUUCAUUUCGAUAAUCAACAAGAGCAACAACAGCAAAAAGAAAACAAAACGAAUGCUUCAAAAAUGGCGAUAAAUCUGUACAUAAUUUAUUUAUUCGAAAAAUUUACCUAUCUCUAUCACAACAAGAACAACAACAAAAUCGGUUCUUUAUUAGAGGCUGCAUGCCGUACGCACACACACACACACACCCACACCCACGCUAUACUUAAAGACGCUACACAAAUGGAGAAAGAAGAAAAAAGAAUUGUUUUUUAUCGGUUGCGCGACUCCCCAUGACGACUGAUCUUCGCCCAUCGACAUCCACACACGCACAUCUAUUUACGAACGAAACGAAAUGAAAAAAUGUUGCAAACGCAGGAUUAAAUCCCAAAAGUGGUCGCUCAAGCAUCGUGCGAUGUCGAUGUAGUGAAGUUCUCCAUUUAAGGCAAAUAGAACAGAACAAAAAUGGACAUCCGUUGGCAAACCGAUUCAAAAUUGCUUUCAAAUUAGACAGCAAACGGAAGAGAAAAAAAAAAAACAAACGGAAGAAUUUCAAAUGGAAUAUCAGACUGAUUGAGUAGGAAAAAUGCCAUGCGAACAAAAAAAAAAAUGCACAUGGAAAAUUCUAAAGAAAAUUGUUUGAAAGCAGAAAUGCAUCGAAAUACACAGACACGCGCGCUGCACAAAUAAUACUCGAUGCAGUGGAAUGUGCAAUUAAAUCGAAUUCAUACGACCGACCUCCUCUCUCCCCAUUACAUGUGUAUAGAAAAAUAUGGAAAACUACAUAAAUUGCACAUAUUUUUAUUUGUACACGAAAGAUUAUUUCAUUUCUAAAGCAAAAAAAACAACAACAACAAUUCAUCCCCGGUUGAGCAUACAUAUAGCGAUGAAGAAGACAAACCAUAAACAAAUCAUUUAAUUAAAAUGAACGAUAGAAAAAUGUGUGAAAAAUUUAGACGUAUAACAAAGAAGAAGAAGAAAAAAAACGCUAAAACAAAGAGGAAAAUGAAAGUAAUUCACUGAACAGCCGACUUCGGAUUAUCGAAUUUUUGAUAUUUUUAUAUUAGAAAUACAAAACAAGACAUACCACGUUGGUAAAAAAAAAUAAUAUUGCAGAUAUUAGAUAUGAAAACUGUCCCGUUCUCGGUUGAUCAUAUGAUUUCGGUUCGUUUUUGUUUUUUGUUUUUUUUUUUUGUGAUGUUCAGUAUAUUUAAACAAAUAAAAAAAACUGAUAAUGUCUUGUUCCAAAACUCCCAUCAUUCCUACUUAGUGAAUAAAAAUUAUUGAAAAUUACACGAGAAAUAAAAAUAAAUACACACAAAUCACACACACACUUUAAACACUCUACAACCAAAAAAAUUAUAUUUAAUAUUAAACAAUUUUUUUUUUUGCAUAAUUAUCGAUUAUGUAAGCCACUGACGAGUAGAAAGAAACUAAAAAAAAUCAUCACCAUUAUCGGCAUAAUGAAAAAAUAAAACAUAAAAUGUGACAAAAAAUGAAUAGCAUGAUGCUAAGUAGUAAAUUAAGUAAAAACUGAAGACAUUGAAAAAAGAAAACAAUUUAAGAAUAAAAUGAAGAAAAGAGAAAUGAAAAUAAAACCAACGCGCCGAUUAAAAUGAUAGGAAACCUGUUUGUGUGAGAGUAUUGAGUCGCUUUUUUCUGGAAUCAUCCACGCGAUGUACAAAUAUUGAUUAGAAAAGGGCGAACGAAAUGAAUUCCAUUGGGAUGCGGAUAUAAUGAAGUGAAUGCAAAAUGAAAGAAGAGGAAAAAAGUGUACGCAAACUCUCUCACACAGACAUAAAACACACAUUUAAAAGGUAAAGCAAAAACACUAGGCAUCCACGUUCCUUUGUUAUAUAAAAAGGACGAAAUGCCUACAAUUGAAUUCUAAAUAUUUUAGAAAAUAAAUUUACUUAUAAUAUUUAACAUAGGAUUAUAAAUAUAUACACUUAUACAUGCAACCAGCAACAGUGAAGUAAUGAAAGACAAACAGAUCGACCGGACCGACCGGAUCGACCAGCCGACAGACAGAAACACGAUGCAAUGAUAAAAAUGAAAUUAUGAUCUGGAAUAAAAGAACAAACAAAAAGAAAACCACAUUAUUUGACGUGGGAUGGAGUUGAUAAUGAAAAAAUGACAAACAUACAGCAACAAAAAUAAAAUUAAUAAAAAAAAUUAGUUUUGCGAAAUUAUAAAACAACAAAAAAAACCACACACACACACACACAUAGUUUAUACACGAACGAAUAAUAAACCAAAAAAAUGACAGCUAGACAUUACACACACAUAUGUUAUUGAACAAUAAUUAUAAUAAUUACUAUCGAGUUGUCCAGAACAUGAUCGUGUGUAAAAAAUUGAAGAAAAAACACAAAAAAUGCUAAGGUUACAACAAUUCUCUCCGCCUGCAACACCGAAAAAGAUGAAAAUCCAUGUGAGUGAAAGUGCUAAAACCUCAGAACAAAAACAAAAACUCACACACACAUUUACCAUUGAAAUCGAAUAAAAUUUCAUUUUCCAUCGAAAAAAAAAAACGCUUUAAGUGCAACCAGCCACAAAAUUCAAAUCGAUCGACAUUUAACGAACAAUUCGGCACUCACUCAUCAGAAGAGAGAAAAAAAAACGAAAUUACAACACAAACACAAUACACGGACUAGUUGUCUCAUCUUUUUCUCACCUCUCUCACUGUCGAAACCCACAAACCAAAAAAAAAACUAGAUGCGCUCACUAUUUUGUAAUUGACUACUUUUGUCAGCCACCCAAUCAACCAUUUUCCAAUUAAUUCAUUUUGAUCCCAAUUCUCUUGUUCCAUUGCUCACGCUGAACCACCACAUGGACAGAAUAAAGCACGAAAGCAAAAUAUACACAUCCGUCUAACAAACCAAUAACAACAACAAAUUUGCUUUACCACAAUCGUUUCAGCUGUCAUAUGACCAAUUCUUUCUUCUCUGUUCCCUUCUUUUCGUUUGUUUGUUAAUUUUGUACAAUAUCCGAUCAAAAUGCAAUGAGCAUCGAUGCACACAAACCAAUUUGAACGAAAUAAAAGGAAAAAAAGCGAAGUUCUCACUUUGAAAACGCUCAAUUAAACCAAAUUUAAUUUAUUCGUUUCGGUUCAAGUCCUCUUCUGAAUUGCAUGCAAAAAUUUUAAUCCAACAAACCAUCCUUCCCCAAAACAUACAUACACACUUAAACGAAGUGAAAGAACUGUUUUGCACCGUUUUGUGUUACCAUUUUGUGAAAGCUCGUCAUCACUACGGAUGAUAUCGUUAAAAUUCUCUCGAACUCAUGAACUCUUCAUUUCGUUUUUCUAUCUCAAAAAGAAACCGAGAGAAAAAUUUAUCGUUGCCAAUAUCUAAUUUGAUGAUCACAUCAUCAAUUUCACACCAUCGAUAUAUUUAAUGUUCGCCGACUAACAUACAACCAAUUUUAAAAAAACAACAACCACAACAAACACAUUCUAUUUAUAUCAAUUCAGACGUAGAAAAGCCAAUUUUUAAUCCACGCACAUACCACACUAGCACACAUAACGGAAUUUUCAUUGCAAUCAUACCCGAAACAUGUAGCCAACUAAUUAACAAACAAAAAAACAAGCAACAUACCGAACAAUUUGCACUUGAAGCAAACAAAAAAUCUAAUAAUAACAAACAAAAACAACGUUACAAACAUUAUUAGCAAACGUUAAGGAUCACACAUCAAGGACAAAUUUCUAUGCAAUAUAUUGCCUUAAAUGCUCAAUUACUACAUCAAAGAAGAGGAAAGUACAUGAAGAAAGGACGUUACAUUAAAUAAAACACAAUACAUGCCGGCUGAAUGAGCACGAACGAUCAUUUGAAUGGAAAUAACAUACAAACAAAGGUCACAAAUGCGACAUGAAAUCAAAGGAAGAUAAAGAAUACGACUUACUAUCCGAAAAACGACGCAGCAGCAACGCAUUCGGUUUAAUACGCAAGAUAUUUUCUCAAUUUUGUAAUUUUUCACAUAAUAUCAAAUCGAUCGACACACCGCGCACCUCUCAUUCAAAAGAAUAAUUGAGAUGUACUACACGCGGGAGAGCUUUAACUAGUGAGCCAAAUGUCUGGCAAUACACACACAACUUUGAAGGGAAGAAGAAAAACCCGAAACCAAAAGCAAAAUGUCAAAAAAAAUAAACAAUGUUCCAUAUAAUUUACUCAAAUUUUCAACGAGAGAGCUACUUAUUGACUCUGCAAUUUUAGAAUCGACAACGAUUCAAAUGCUUCAUUUGCUUAAUUUGGUCAUCCGAACACUACGAGCAAAUACUCCAAUGAAAAAUCCAAAACGCAUCGCUUAGAGUAAUUGUCAAUUUUUUCUUUCCUUCCAAACUAAUUUAAAGCGAUGAAGAAGAGGAAAAAUUGGCAUCUUUCUAUUGCCAUAUUUGGAAAUGAAGCGUGGGGAGCAUUUUAGACUUGGAACAAUUCGAUUUAAUUUCAUUUGUGGCAUCUGUAUUUUUUUCUUUCGAAGACACUGAAUAAUCCAAAAAUGCACACGCAUUUCCUUGUCCGCACACACAAUACACAAUACACAUAUUUCAAUGAGUGCACUUUCUUUAACCUGUACAUUUGAUGGACAUUUCCAAAUGAAAUCAACGCUAUCUUGAUUUAAAUCUUUUAAACACUGGGAAUCUCGUCGAAUCUAAUCGAUCGUUUGACAUUCGAUUAAAUUACAAAGUUGGUUUCAAGUGCAUGCAAAAAAUGAAUGAAGUCAGUUAGUCCACCGCACUCAACGAGAGAUGUGAUUUCUUUCAAUGUGAUGUGCUUCGAUUCAUUUUUAUACAGACAAUCAAAAUAUUCCGUUAAUUUUUCUUUAAUGUUCAUGAUUUGCUCAUAAAACUCACAAUGCCGUUGAUUUUCUCGUAGCCUAAUGUCACUAUGAUAAUGAAUACAGAAAUGUUUGCAAUAAAUUUAGGCUCCAAAACUAUGAAUAAUGAUGUGAUGUGCGCUGAUCGGUAAAAUGCUCAAGCUGAUUGUAGUGUGACUGACUGCCACUUGCUAUUUUGUUUCAAAAAUUCUUGUGAUUUUGCACGAAUUCUCUUUCCGUUUCAUUCAAACCCACACACACACACACACACACACACAUUUUUAUCCAUGAGUCGUUUUGUUUCAUUUCCAUUUGAAUUCACUGUGGCGUUCAACUGUUUAAGAAUAAAAUUCAAACAGCCAUAACAUUAUUUCGACAUUUUCAUUCGUAGAAAAAAAAGAAGUUUGAAAAAAAGGUCAAACGAUUAAAUAUCAUUUAGUCUCUAGUCCAUGAAUCAUGGACCAUGAUGAAUUUACGAUUACAUUUUUUUAUAUUAUUUGCAUUUUCUAUGAAAUGCGAACACACACAUAGAUAUUCGAUAUCUAUCACCAAUCAAUCAACACGGUGGAAAUGUUUGAAUGGAACGUCACCAUUUUCAUUUGUCAACUCUUUCACACCCACAUCGUUUCAUUUUCCUUAAUUUUUUUUAACCGAUUUUAUAGCCUGAAUUGAAAAUAGGAAAAAAGGGUGAUCAACUAUGUUUGAGCUGACAAAUUGGAAUAAACAAAGCAAAAAUCAUAGGCAAAUCAAUUGUUGUUUUGUUUUUCGGUUCAUUUCCAAUAAAAAUGUUCGAACAGAUUUGAAUGUCGGGUUUUUUUUUUCGUUUAAGAUUUGAAAUAAGACGAUGAAAAUGAAUCAGGAACUCUGCAGAAUCAAUAAAAAUAAAACAACACGUGUUACCAAUUUCAACCAAUACCAGACUAUAAAUAUCAAAAAAUAACAAUUCAUGUUUUAUCUUGCACCUUUUUAUUAGACGAUGCGCAUUACUCGAAGUCCAUUACGAGUUGGUUUUUUUUGUCUUUCGUUCGUAAAAUGUAUAUAAUAUAUGUAGAAAAGAAAUUAUUCGAUAUUCAGUGCUAAAUCAGAUUCAUAUGCAUAUUGCACAUCCUAACGUAUAUAAUUCAAUCGCGUCUCCCAUGAAUGAUAAACCAAAAAAAAAUUAUUUAAGUGUAAUUCGUUUCGGAUAAGUAUAGAGUUUUUUUUCUCAUUUUUUUCUUUUGGUCCCGUGCACUGUCACAACAUCUAGCAACACACAAACACACAUUCCGAACACAUUUAAACGUUGUUCGUUUUUAACUUGACCAUAAUCGACACAAUUUGUACGUUUUCAAUUUGUUAAGCACACCACAAACACACCGAUUUCGUCGAGACGAAUUUUCAUUUUCAUCAAUAUCUCAUUGCGUUUUCCGUCUCAUCAACACAAAACACAACACAAUACAUGUGUCAAUUGAUAUAAUGAACUUAACGGAGAAAAGCAAGGGAAAGACAAGAAAAGAAGAAAUACUUGUUACCAAGAAGACGAAGAUGACGUAAAACUAAAUUAGAAUUGAGCGAGAUACAUUUUUAAAAAUGAUAGACAAUUAAUGCUGUUAUUAUUGCAGCAGCUAAACAUGUCCUGAACACGAACAUAUUGAUUCGAAUCCAUAUAUAUAAAAAACAAAAUAUAUGCAUAAUGUGUAAUCACAAAGUACGGAAAUAUCGUGAAAACUUAUAGUUUCGGGUCGCGUUCACCAUUGAAACUGAAUAGAGUUGAACAAUAAUUACUGACCCAGUCACACACACAGAGAGAGAAACAUCAACAUCAGAACUAUACAUACUCUCUCUUACAUGACCGCGCGAAUGCAUCGUCACAAAGGCGCGCACACUUCGAACGAUCUUUGUGGCUAUCUAUUAUUCUAAAUUAUCGACAAAAAAUGGAGAAUAGCAUAUACAAAAGAAAAUUCCACAAAAAAAAAACAAA